AUGAAUGCUACAGAUGAUAUUUCGAUUAUAUAUGGUGUAUGUACUAGUUGCCAGAUAAGUUAUGGAUUUAACUCAGCUGAUCGACGAGCGAUGAUUGUUUUAAUUGUUCUCGCUGCAGUUGCAUUAGUCUCGUGUUACGUAGGUGUGAUUUGGUUCACGAUACGAACACGUUAUAUUCCUGAAAAAGCGCCAUUGAUUCCGAUGGAAAAUAUCGUGACGAAUCAGGCAUUUGAUCGUAAUGAUGGCGAAGAGGAUAAUGUACAAGUUGCGAACAACGUGUCAACGCCUACAACACCCUCAACACCACAACCAGCUGUGAUAACAGUAUCUGAAGAUCCGAAAGAACGCUUUUAA